CAAACCACAUGUCGAGAUUGCUCAAAUCGAGGAUGUUUCUGUGUAGGAGAGAAAGGAUCCAUGGGUGCACCUGGACCUCAGGGUCCUCCCGGUUCCCAAGGAAUCCGUGGCUUUCCCGGUCCUGAGGGAUUGGCAGGACCAAAAGGACAAAAAGGUGCGCAGGGACCACCUGGACCACAAGGGCCAAAAGGAGAUCGAGGACCGAUCGGCGUACCAGGAUUUCCGGGCAAUGACGGGGCAAACGGACGACCUGGAGAACCCGGCCCCCCAGGAGCUCCCGGUUGGGAUGGAUGUAACGGAACGGACGGCGCUCCUGGAAUUCCUGGACGACCAGGACCUCCCGGUAUGCCAGGAUUCCCUGGAGCUCCAGGAUUGGACGGUGCGAAGGGUGAGCCAGCCAUUGGUUAUGAUGGAGCGCCAGGAGAAAAGGGAGAUAGUGGUAUGCCUGGUAUGCCUGGAUUGCCUGGGCCACCGGGAAGAGACGGCUAUCCUGGAGAGAAAGGUGAUCGAGGCGAUGUCGGACCUCCGGGACCACGAGGACCACCAGGCGAAGCUGGAAUUCCGGGAAAUCCUGGUAUUGGUAGUAUUGGACCUAAAGGAGAUCCAGGUGAUAUAGGACAGCAGGGACCGCCCGGCCCACCUGGGCCUCGCGAGUUCACGGGAAGUGGCUCGAUUGUAGGUCCGCGAGGAAACAUCGGAGAAAAAGGAUUCAAGGGAGAUGUGGGAGCUCAAGGUCCACGUGGACCUCCUGGCCCCAUUGCGUCUACUAUGGCAAAGGGAACGAUAGUCGGUCCUAAGGGAGAUGGAGAGCCUGGUGAAUCUGGUCCUCGUGGCUAUCCUGGAAAUGCAGGAUUGCCAGGCCAGCCAGGCUUACCCGGAAUGAAAGGAGAAAAGGGGCUAUCUGGACCAGCAGGGCCGAGAGGAAAAGAAGGUCGACCUGGAAAUCCAGGUCCUCCUGGAUUCAAGGGAGAUCGUGGUCUGGAUGGAGUGCCAGGCUUCCCUGGUAUGCCUGGACAGAAAGGUGAAGCUGGAUAUUCAGGAAGAGAUGGACCAAAAGGAAAUACUGGACCUCCUGGACCUCCUGGUGGAGGCUCAUUCACCGAUGGACCCCCAGGUCCACCUGGGCUGCAAGGUCGCCCUGGAAACCCCGGACCACCUGGAAACGAUGGAUUUCCUGGUCAACCUGGUCCUCCUGGUCCUCCAGGGCAACCUGGAGGUCCUGGAGUUCCAGGAUUGCCUGGACUUGAAGGCUUACCCGGUCCGAAGGGCAAUAAAGGAGAUAGCGGUAUUCCUGGUGCUCCUGGCGUUACCGGUCCUUCUGGACAAGUUGGUGCACCUGGACCAAAGGGAGAGCCCGGAGCUCGUGGAAUUCCUGGACAAAGCAUUCCUGGUUUGCCCGGUAAAGACGGGCGACCCGGACUUGAUGGUGCACCUGGCCGAAAAGGAGAACAGGGUCUUCCCGGAGUUCGAGGGCCACCUGGUGACUCUUUGAAUGGCCUGCCAGGACCUCCUGGUCCCCGUGGACCAAUGGGACCAAAAGGAUACGAUGGACGAGACGGAAUUCCCGGUCUGCCGGGCAUUCCUGGACCGAAGGGAGAUCGCGGUGGUACAUGCUCGUUAUGUGCACCUGGAAUGAAGGGAGAGAAAGGAACACCAGGAUAUCCUGGCCUACCCGGACCACAAGGAGAUCGUGGCCUUCCUGGAAUGCCUGGACCUAAUGGAGAUCCUGGAGACGAUGGAUUACCUGGACCACCUGGACGUCCUGGAGCGCCUGGAGCUCCAGGCCUUGAUGGAUUACCAGGACUACCUGGACAAAAAGGCGAACCAACACAACUUAUUCUACGGCCUGGGCCUCCUGGAUAUCCUGGAAUGAAAGGAGAACCAGGUUUCCCAGGACAGCCUGGAAUAGAUGGAUUGCCUGGAUCACCUGGACUUUUAGGUCCUGCUGGUCAACCUGGAAUUCCAGGAGAAAAAGGUGAACCAGGACUGCCCGGUAUCCCUGGAAAACCUGGAAAGGACGGACUGCCUGGACUUCCUGGACUGAAGGGUGAACCUGGGUUUGGCCAACCAGGCCUACCUGGUCCUCCUGGACCAAAGGGAGACACCGGACCCUCCGGUAUCCCUGGUCUGCCUGGACCACAAGGCCCUCCAGGACCACCUGCUCCGAAGAGUGUGGUCAAAGAUGGUGCACCAGGAAGACCUGGACUGCCGGGAUUACCAGGAGAAAAGGGCGAUGCUGGAUACCCGGGCAGACCUGGAGACGUUGGAUCGCCUGGUUUGCCGGGAAUAAACGGACGUAAAGGAGAAAGAGGAUUGCCUGGUUCCCCAGGACAACCUGGUAUACCAGGAAUACCGGGAGAGAAAGGUUUUGCAGGACUGAGCGGUCUACCUGGAAUACCAGGGCCUAAAGGAGAGCCUGGCCAUCCCGGACUACCAGGGCUUCCUGGUAUGAAAGGAGAACAGGGAACAUCAAUGACUGGGCCUCCUGGACCACCUGGAUUUCCGGGUCUCAAGGGAGAUGCAGGACUUUCUGGACCGCCUGGACUUCCUGGACUUGAUGGUCAACGAGGAACUCCUGGAACACCUGGUUUAAAAGGGGAUUCUGGUUUGCCUGGACAACCUGGACAGCCUGGAUAUCCUGGAGCAAAAGGAGAACCCGGAUUGCCUGGAAUUCCAGGAAAGGAAGGAGUACCUGGAAUACCCGGAAUGGAUGGUUUGCCUGGAUUACCUGGGCAAAAAGGAGAUGACGGUCUUCCAGGGCUCCCAGGACCCAGCGGACAAAAAGGAAAUGUUGGACUACCAGGAGCGCCCGGACAACCAGGAAUGAUGGGUCCGCCUGGUGACUCUGGAUUGCCUGGACUACCCGGACAACAUGGCGAGAAAGGCAAUUCAGGCUUAUCAGGAAUGCCCGGAUUACCUGGCAUGAAAGGCAACACUGGACUACCAGGUCCACCUGGAAAAGAUGGAUUCCCUGGUCUUCCGGGUUUGAAAGGAGAUCGUGGGUUCAGCGGACUUCCAGGGGAGAAAGGCGAGCCUGGACCAGCUGCUCGUGAUGGGUUAAAAGGAGAUCAAGGAUUGCCUGGGCAGCCUGGACUUCGAGGACCACCUGGACCACCAGGACUACCCGGUCUUCCUGGAUCCAAAGGAGAUUCUGGUCUGCCAGGAUAUGGACAACCAGGUCUCAAUGGUGAAAAAGGUCUCCCUGGUGUACCCGGAAAAAUGGGACGACCGGGCCCACCUGGUCCUCCGGGACAGGACGGUCUGCCAGGCUUCCCUGGACUCAAAGGAGAACCGGGCUUUCCUGGUCAACCUGGUCUACCAGGCAAAGAUGGACUUCCUGGCCUCCCAGGCCUGAAGGGAGAACUCGGAGCACCCGGAGCCCCUGGUCAACCUGGCGGACCUGGACCGACUGGGCCAGUAGGUGCUCCUGGAAUUCGAGGAGAUAAAGGACAAGCUGGCCUGCCUGGACUACCAGGAGAUCGCGGACUCGAUGGUAUCCCGGGAAUGAAAGGCGACCAAGGAUUUCCAGGACAGUCAGGACUUCCUGGUGUGCCCGGAUCUAAGGGUGAUGCAGGUGCUUCUGGAUUCCCCGGAUUGAAAGGUAUGGAAGGAAUUCCUGGACCGAGUGGACCUCCUGGUUUGCCCGGGCUAAAAGGCGAUGCUGGAUUUCCUGGACUGCCAGGUCGUGAUGGAUUAAAUGGAAGCCCUGGAGAAAAAGGAACGGCAGGUUUACCUGGAUUGCCAGGAGCUCCAGGACAAGCGUUUCCUGGACCUCAAGGACCACCUGGACCCCCAGGAUUCCCCGGAAAAGACGGUCUACCUGGUUUACCUGGUCUCAAGGGUGAACCUGGUCUACCAGGAUAUCCUGGAGCAUCAGGUUUGAAAGGAGAAAGCGGCUUGCCAGGUUUUCCAGGACAAAAAGGAGAACCUGGGAUACCAGGUAUCCCCGGAAAGAGAGGUAACGAUGGUUUUCCUGGAGCAUCCGGAAAAGACGGCCUUCCCGGCCUCCCUGGCCUCAAAGGAGAACAAGGUAUGCCUGGACCUCAAGGACCACCAGGAAUGCCAGGCCUACCAGGAUUGAAAGGUGAAGCUGGCUUACUUGGAUUUCCGGGCCAAAAGGGAGAAAGUGGCUUGCCAGGCCUUCCUGGUCAGCCUGGUUUGCCAGGAAUGAAAGGAGAAGCAGGAUUUCCUGGGCUACCAGGUCGUGAAGGAAAACCAGGUCUUGAUGGACCUCAAGGACCUCCUGGACAGCCUGGCCCAAGUAGUAUCAGUGCGCCUGGCCUUAAAGGAGAGCCGGGUCUCCCAGGUCUACCCGGAAUACGAGGAGAAAAAGGACUACCAGGUCUCGACGGACCACCUGGUCUUGAUGGACCUCCUGGACAACCUGGAUCACGUGGAAGCGAUGGAUUUCCUGGUCAACCAGGUCUACCUGGCGAGAAAGGCAUGCCUGGUUUACCUGGAAGGCCCGGUCUUGACGGAAUGCCUGGAGGACCUGGUCAACCCGGAUUCCCUGGAGCACCUGGACCAGCUGGGCCGGCUUAUCGAGACGGCUUUCUUCUCGUGAAACAUUCCCAAACCACCGAAAUACCUCGUUGUCCAGAAGGGCAAACGAAAUUGUGGGAUGGCUACUCGCUGCUGUACAUCGAAGGAAACGAAAAAUCGCACAAUCAAGACCUUGGUCAUGCUGGUUCAUGUCUUCAACGCUUCUCCACGAUGCCGUUUUUGUUCUGCGACUUCAACAACGUCUGCAAUUAUGCCUCACGUAACGAUAAGUCGUACUGGCUCUCCACCACCGCUCCAAUCCCAAUGAUGCCUGUUACUAUGAGGUGGAACUACAGGUUUUUACUCAUAAUUUUUCUCAGAUGUUCUGUAUGUGAAGCGCCAGCUAAUGUUAUUGCCGUACACUCGCAAACAAUACAAAUUCCUAACUGCCCGACCGGAUGGAACAGUUUGUGGAUUGGAUAUUCUUCACCGGGCUCAUGUCUAGAGGAUUUCCGAGCUACACCAUUUAUUGAAUGCAACGGUGCACGAGGCACAUGCCACUACUUUGCCAAUAAAUUCUCCUUCUGGCUCACAACAAUCGACAACGAUCAAGAAUUUAAGGUCGGUUAA